UGCCUUCCCGGUGGGCCUUGCUUGCGAGUGUCCUAAAUCCUAAAGAAUUGCGUAGGGUCUAAGGAAGCCAUUGCGUUAGAAGUUUUGUGUCUCUCUAUCUCUCUCCACUCGCAGGCUUGCAGCAGGACAGAGAUCAGAGACGAUGGGAUUGCUCUCGAACAAAAUCGAGAGGGACGCACUGAAACCUGGAGAUCACAUCUACUCUUGGAGACACUCCUAUAUUUAUUCCCACCAUGGGAUAUAUGUUGGCGAGGGAAAUGUUAUCCACUUCACUCGGGGUCCAGGCCAGGAAGUUGGAACAGGAACUGUGCUAGAUCGCAUCUAUUUGAGCUCAUCUCCUUCUUAUGUCCUGGACAACCCUUGCCCAAAAUGUGGUGAUCAAUCAAAGCUUGAUGGAGUCAUCUCUUCUUGUAUAGAUUGUUUUCUUUCUGGUGGAAAUCUCUACCUUUUUGAGUAUGGUGUCACACCAGCAUUGUUUCUUGCCAAAGCUCGUGGAGGUACCUGCACUCUUGCUUUGUCUGACCCACCACAAGAUGUUAUACGCCGUGCUUCUUAUCUCCUCCAAAAUGGCUUUGGUGUCUAUGAUAUUUUCAAAAACAAUUGUGAAGACUUUGCUAUAUACUGCAAAACCGGUUUGCUUGUGUUCACUAACAUCAGCGUGGGUCGAAGUGGACAGGCGGCAUCCUAUCUAGCUGCUGCUACUGCUGUCCUUGCUUCACCACUACGAUUCCUCACGACCAGUUUUAGUGGCCUGGCAGCGGUAGGUUAUGGCAUGUAUUGUGUCAGCCGCUUAGUUUCUGAUAUUGGAGUACGCCGUGAUGUCAAAAAGGUUGCUGUGGAAAGACUUGUUGCCCACUCUGGCUCUAGCUCAGAUGAGCCAGAGGCUGUAACUGAGACUGCCCACUCUGGCUCUAGCUUAGAUAAGCCAGAGGCUGUAACUGAGACUGCCCAUGUAACUGAGACUGCCAAGGAGGAGUAAUCUUUUGGCAUAAGCAGGAACUAUGUAAUUUGCGAGGAUGUUGUAACAAUCUGAUUAAUAUAGGUGGCAAAUAUGAUGAUAUUUAUACUUUUGCCACGCAUUGUUUAAUGUUGUCGUUGUUAAGUGUGUAAAUUGGCUUGCCACUUGAUACCGAUGCUUAUUGUUAAUUAUUACCCAUUUGUUCUGCGAA